AUGCGCGGUAACGUGGACCUACCAGCGAAGAAGAUAUCGCUCGCAAGAGUGAAAAAGACAAUUUCAGCUGCCACCGUCUUCAAGAGGCAAAACAAUAAGAUUGACAAAAGAAACAAUGCUAGCGACGAGUACCGCCGCCAUCUUUACAACACUACCUCACUCAACAUCACCAAAACUCUCGAUUCACUUCUCCAUAACCUCUACGACGGUACUCUACGAACGAUCACCCCGAACAGCAGUCAGCAAAAUUCCAACGCCUCGCCCCUAAGGCUUUCCGGCCCAGCAAAGUACGAACGUCUAGCCACACAACUGUAUCAACCCAUCUCUCAGUUCAAGCUAUCACUGCGGCGUAUCGACAGUAGAGGAAAGAGUGUACGGUUUGUGCAGACACUGGAAACUCGUAUGCUAUACUAUGACGAGUUGAUUGCCAAAGAGACGAAGAAGCUGGGAACGCUGCAGAAAGAGUGGGAAUCUGUCGUGAGUGAGAUCUGGAAGCUGAGAGCUAAAUGUCUGGGCGACGAAACGAUGGCAGAGAUGCUAUUCACUGAACAAGGAUUGUAUGAGAAGACCUUGCCACUUUCCUCAUCUCCAUUUGAAGCCACCGACGCUGAAGACACUCUGUUCAUUCCUGAGAACGACAGCUUUUCUCCACGCUACAAACCUCUUGUCGGCAAAAGGCGUGUUACUUUUCUCGAAGAAGAAGAAGAAGAAGAAGAAGCACCAGGCGUUUGUGACAAGUACGACGCCACGCCAACAGAUCAGUUCCCAGAUUUUAUCCAUCAACCUUCAAGUGAUCGCAACGGCACGUUGCCUCUCAUUCCAGAUUUAUCUGAAGGCAAGACUAAGGAGCUGGAGAAAAUGGUGACGGAGCUAGGCAACCAGGAGAUGGGUGAUUUCUGCAGAAUUGAAGAGGAUCAUGAGGCGUACUGGAAAAAGAAGACGGCACAGCUUGCGAAUGCGCUGAAGAGUGACUGA